GCCAAAGCAGUUGAAAGAUACAGGAGCCAUGCAGCUAAUUUAUCGUGAACUCGAGGAGGACAUACUUCGACGCACUAAUGCAGUCUUUCCGGUACAAAAUUGCUUUGUUGAGGUCCUCCCCGAUCAGUUUAUCAUUCCCAGAAAGUACGUGGAGCUGGGCGAAUCGAUUCGAUCGCUUCCCGUUUACCAGGACGACGUAUGGAUGGUGUCCUAUCCACGAACCGGAUCGACGUGGGCCCAGGAGAUGGUCUGGCUGCUGGGUCACCAAUUGGAUUACGUGGCCGCUGAGCAAGAUUUAAGAUUGCGAUCUCCGCUCAUUGAACUAUCCGCUUUGUUUAGCAUCGAUCAUCACGAGACGGUGGCCCAAAAGUUUGGCAAUACCGUGGAUCUGGUUCGCAAUCUGCCACGCCCACGUUUUGCACGCUCCCACCUGCCGUGGCCUUUGCUACCCGAGCAAUUUGAGACGGUAAAGCCGAGGAUCGUGUAUACUGCUCGAAAUCCCAAGGAUCUUUGCGUCUCGUACUAUCACUACUUCAAGUUGCUGCACGGCAUGAAUGGGGACUUUGAGCAAUUCGUGGAUCUCUUCCUGGAGGGGCACACACCGAUGGGAUCCUAUUGGCGGCACGUCCUGCCCUUUUGGAAACGUAGCCAGGAUGAUAAUGUGCUGUUCAUCAAGUACGAGGACAUGGUCAAGGAUCUGCCCAGUGUAGUUCGCCGCUGUGCCAGAUUCCUGGGCGUUCAAAGUCUCCUCGAUGUGAGCACUUUGCAGAAAUUGUGCGAUCACCUCACAUUCGACAAGAUGCGGGCGAACAAGGCGGUGAAUCUGGAGAAGCUGCUCCCGGAAUCAUCUUCCAAGUUCAUACGCAAUGGCAAGAUCGGGGAUUGGCGCAAUCACAUGGGCAAUGAGAUGUCGGAACGCUUUGAUGAAUGGACCGAGAGACAUAUGCGUGGUUCUGGAUUAAACUUUGACUACGUGUGAAAAACCCCACUUGCUAAUAAUAUUUUUUGUGUUAAAAUAUUUUAAUAAACUUAAUUGGAUUAUGGGCGUAUAAAAUACGUUUAUGGAGGCGAUGAAUAGUUAUAAAAAGACUUAUUGGUUACUUAUCCGUAAAUUAAAUUAAAUUACCAAUUUUUUUUAAUUUCUUGUCUUUAAAAACUUUUUUUCCACUUUUUAUCAACAUUUAAGCUUUCAAAAACAUAAAAACAUAAAAUUAACAAGGUUUGUGUUUAAAUCUGAGACCACCAGUCUUUUCUAAACUGCUCUUGCGAACACUACAACCAUCAGAGAUUCAAGAUUCAGUUCUCUACAACUCUAAGCGAAUCAAAAUUUCUUAAAAUUAUUGUUGGAAACGAGGUAUUUAUGAACAAGGAAACAAUCGAAGAAGCCCAUAAUCGUAUAAAACUAUAAUUAUAAGGUUAGAUAAUUGCAAUUUAAAAACUUCCUGGAUAGAUAUUCUUUCUUGGAAUAUAUGAAAGUAAAUUUUAGUGAUAAAUUUCACAUUAAGAAAUUAUUCUCUUUAAUUCGAAU